GCCGGGGCCGGGGCCGGCCCGAGGGCGGUCCGCGGGCGGGGCCGGGGGAGCGGCGGGCGGCCAAUUGCGGUGCCCCGGGGAGCGGCUCCGGCGGGGCGGCCGCCCGCGUUCGCAGGAAGGAUGGAGGCAGAGGGCCGGGUACCGGGACCGCCGCUCCCCCCCGCCGGGGGAGGGAUCGGGGCCGAGCUCCCCGCCAUCCUCCCCGGCGUGGCCCGGGCGCCGCUGCUGGCCGCCUCCGCCGAGGUGCUGGAGUUGGACGACGAGGAGGACGACCUGGAGGUGUUCAGCAAGGAUACAUCAUUGGCUGAAGCAAACUCAUUCAGUCCUUCAAUGACAAUAUCCCCCUCAUCUAUGAUAAACCAGUAUAAAUUUGAAGAUGAGCCAGAAUUAAGAGAUCUCUUCAUUACUGUCGAUGAUCCUGAAAGCCACAUUACAGCCAUUGAAACAUUCAUUACAUACAGAGUAAUCACAAAGACAUCUCGUGGUGAAUUUGACUCCUGUGAAUAUGAAGUUCGAAGACGGUAUCAGGAUUUCCUUUGGUUGAAGAGCAAACUCGAAGAAGCACAUCCAACACUAAUUAUUCCUCCAUUGCCUGAAAAAUUCAUAAUGAAAGGAAUGGUGGAACGUUUUAGCAAUGAAUUCAUUGAGACUCGAAGAAAAGCUUUACAUAAAUUUUUGAACCGCAUUGCUGAUCAUCCAACUUUAACUUUUAAUGAAGACUUCAAAAUUUUUCUUACUGCACAAGCCUGGGAACUCUCCUCACACAAGAAGCAGGGCCCUGGUUUGCUGAGCAGAAUGGGACAGACUGUAAGAGCUGUAGCAUCCUCAGUAAGAGGAGGAGUUAAAAAUCGUCCUGAAAUGUUUACAGAAAUGAAUGAUUAUAUGGAAACAUUUAGUCAGAAAAUAAAUGUACUGGACAAAAUAGCUCAUAGAAUCUACAAGGAAGAAAGGGAGUAUUUUAAUGAAAUGAAGGAAUACGGCCCCAUCCACACACUUUGGUCAGCAUCAGAAGAAGAUAUAGCAGACUCCCUAAAAGGCGUCGCCUGCUGCAUUGACAAGUGUUGCAAGGCUACAGAGAAACGAAUGGCAGGGCUCUCGGAAAAUCUGCUACCGAUCUUACAUGAGUAUGUUCUCUACAGUGAAAUGCUGAUGGGUGUUUUGAAAAGGAGAGACCACAUUCAAAGCGAGCUCGAUUCCAAAAUUGAUGCUUUGGCCAAUAAAAAGGCAGACAAGGAUAUGUUCUCAGAAGAGAUUGGGAAACUUGAAGACAAAGCAGAAUGUGCCAAUAAUGCUCUGAAAGCAGAUUGGGACAGGUGGAAGCAAAAUAUGCAGUGUGAUAUGAGAUCGGCAUUCACGAAUAUGGCUGACAAUAAUCUCCAUUAUUAUGAAGAGUGCCUUGCUACAUGGGAGUCCUUCUUAGCAUCUCAAACAGUGGAUCGUCACGGGGAAGAAGAUUCUGAAGACAGGCCUUGAGUAGUAUCUCUGCUUGAUCUCUACCUUUCCAUGCAGUUUCUCCCAACCAAAGAAGUGCUUUAUAUGAGAUCAGAUAUAUUGUUAAAUGUAACAGUUAAAAUCAGUGAAACGCAGGAAACCAGCUUAUUGAAAACUCAGGUAUUCUAGUCCUGAAAUACAUUUUGGAACAUGCUAUAUAUUGCUUUAUAUUGCUUAGUUGUGAUUUCACAUAUUUUUAUGCAAGUGUUUGCAUACAAUUGUUUUCAUACAUAUUGCAUAACUUGGAUAUAAAGUAUUUUAAAUAUGUAAAAAAUAGCUCAAUUUUAAUAAAAAGUUUAAUAAGAAAAA